UCUUCAUUGACGGUGACUUCGGUCUUUGACAAUAUAAGAAUCACACCUUGUGGACGAUGUAUAAAAGUAGCGGCUACCAAAUUUCAAAGCACAGUUGGCAGUUGUUCACUGUGUUGGCAAACUGAUUCAACAUGCCUAAGGUCAAUGUAAAUACCAUGAAAUGUUUUCUGCUAUUCGGAUUGGUGCUAAUUCAUGGCACUGAAGCAACAAAAGGAAAAGGAAGAGGUGGAGGUUACGGUGGAGGUAUGAGCUAUGGCGGCGGAGGUGGUUACGGCGGCGGAGGACAUGGAGGUGGAGGUUACGGCGGCGGAGGGCACGGAAGCGGAGGUUACGGAGGCGGUGGAGGAGGAUACGGUGCUGCACCUUCCCCACAAAUACUUUAUAUCCCUGCCCCCCAGCCUGUCAUCGUGUCGGCUCCUCAACCAAUGGCUUAUCACCAACCAGCACAUAGGCCUGCUCCUUCUUACGGUGGGGGAGGCCAUGGUGGGGGUGGUGGUUAUGGCGGAGGUCAGAUAGGAGGUGGUUCCUACGGAGGAUCAGCAGGAGGUGGUUCCUACGGAGGAUCAGCAGGAGGUGGUUCCUACGGAGGAUCUGCAGGAGGAGGACAUGGAGGUGGCCAUGGAGGUCAUCAAUCUGGUGGCUAUGGGGGAUCGGCAGGAGGUGGACAUAAAGGUCCCCAACCUAGCGGUUACGGAGGCUCUUCAGGAGCUGCACCUGUCCACGUACAUGUUCACGCUCCUGCUCCAGUCGCUGCACCAGUUCAUCACGCGGCUCCAAUGCCUUCUUAUGGUGGAGGUAGUCACGGAGGAUCAGCUGGAGGUUACGGAGGAUCAGCUGGAGGCUACGGAGGAUCAGCUGGAGGAGGGCAUGGAGGUGGACAUGGAGGUCAUCAGUCUGCUGGCUAUGGAGGAUCGAUUGGUGGUGGACACGGAGGUCAUGGAGGCCCAUCAGGAGGAGGCUAUGCUCCUGGUCCAGUCGCUCUACCACCUCAUCCGGCCCCAGUGCCUUCUUACGGAGGUGGACAUGGUGGACAAACCGGUGGUUACGGAGGUUCUGGAGGAGGAGGACACGGUGGACAAGCUGGUGGCUAUGGAGGCUCUGCAGGAGGAGGUCAUGGAGCUGGUGGUUACGGCGGAUCAGCCGGAGGUGGUUAUCCUUCUGCCCCCGUUGCCCCACCUCAUCAGCCGGCUCCAGUCGCCUCUUACGGCCCUCCACCCCAAUCCGCUGGAGGAUACUAGAUCAUUUUCAUACUCCCUCCUAAGCUCCCAUUUCGAAGUCCAUUUCGAACGUCUUCUUACCAAACCGGUCACUCAGCUCUUUUCUAAACGUCGUAUGAAUAUUUAACGUGGUUUGUAAUAAACGGAUUAUUACUUCAA